UAGAAAUUCUAGGCUAGUUGUACACCAUUUAAUCACAAAAAGAAACGACCUUAAACCCGAUUUUAUAUAUAUUUGUGUGUGUGCGUGUGUGCAUAGCCUCUUGAAACGCACUCUGUUUCGUAGCUUCACGCCUUCCGUCCCCUACGCGCUCGAUAGGAGAAUUUGAGGCUUAAAAAAAUGUCAUUACAAGUAAAUAGAAAAGAUGAAAAUAUUCAAGUCAAACUAAACCCUAAUGCUGAGGCCUUCAAUCCCACACACUUUCACGUUCCCAAUGCUUCAGCUGAUUCGUUUGUCUCCAGAGGAAAUGCGCCGCUGCUUCCCAGCGUGGACCAUCCCGCGCGGCCGUUAAGCUACGACGUGCCGCUUCUUAGCGGCUUUCGACUUCCACGGAAUCAUCCCCGCCCGCACGCCUUUCCAUUGCCCGCGCCUGAGCAACCCCCCCAUCCCCAUCUGUAUAUCCCACAAACCCCCCCCAUGGGGAGGCAGCCGCAGCCGCAAUUCUGCGAAAUGCCCUGUGAUUACAUGGGCCCACACAAUAAUGCGCUACCAGCGGGGCCCAGGCAAUUCAACGAGGCCUUUAUCCCCCCAAAUCAUAGUACCAAUCCGUGGGUAAAGGCACUGAGUUUUACGCCGCCGGUUCCAUACCCAUCCCACACUCAUCCCCUGCCGUCAAAGGGGGAGUUCAACCCCUCCAUUCCCGGCAGCGUCCUCCCGCCCCAACCGCCUUUUCCAAACUUCACCUCCAUGGAAAAUGGGCAACGGCCACAGACAGGGGCCUCCAUAGCGGGAAUCCCGCCCUUCGACCCGGCACCCUCGCAUCCGGCUGAGGAGCAGCCCCCUAAUCCAAUCGUAGAUGGCGCGAAUCCACCACCCACACCACCCCCGGCGGCGACGACGACGACGAUUCCCACGGCGAAGAUCGAUCUCGCCCCUCCGCUCUCGAAGAAUGCCCUCAAUACGGCGGCCCCCGCCUACGUGCCGAGCUCCUGGACUCCCCCCCACCCUAAAGGUGAUUCCCUGAAGGAACCGAAGGAACCUUUGGAAGUGAAAUCGCCCGCAAAGGUCGCCCCCCUCUCCGAGAACAGCGCGGCGGCCGUGAAGCUCUCCCCGGAAAACCCCCUCGUGGUGCUGGUCUACGGCUGUCGAGGAGGGGGGAAGAGCACUCAAUCACAGAUACUCGCGGAGCGGUACCACCUCCUGUGGGUGUCCUCUGGCAACCUCUUUCGUGAGGGCAAAAAACCCUUUAGGGAGCUGGAGCGCAUCGUGCAGGAGCAGUUCGGCCCGCAGGGGCUGCGGGCCUACAACGGCCUGGUCUUAGAUCGCUUCAUCGUGAAGAGUGAGGUGGACGCGUAUUACAUCGAGUCCAUCCUGCGCGAGGCGAAUCUGCCGACGCCGUUGGUGUUUUGGCUUCAGGUGGACCCCCGCGUCGGGAUGGCGCGCGCGGAGUCCCGUGGCGAGGUGAAGCCCGCGUUGGAGCAGUGGCGGCAUAUCGAGAAGGUCGCCCACGAGGCGGCCGCGGAGAAGGUCUACCGGCCGUGUGGUCGCCUCGUGGAGGUGAACUGCAACACGUUGGAUAAGGAGGCGGCCAGUCAGGUCAUCAUCGACGCGGUGGAGCGGUUUAUUAGGGAUCCGAAUCGGAACGCGGUGACGUUGCCGGUGCUCUCCGUCGCAAGUGCGAAUAUAGCCCUCCCACCGAUCGUCAAGUACACCGUCGUCGAGCAGCUCAAGAAGGCCAUUCAUGUCGCCGUUGGGAAUUCGGCAGGCCGGACGGACUCCUCACCGCUUUGCUCGAUAGGUGGCUAUGUGGAUCGCGAGUUCUUCAAAAAUGCACGCAGAAAUAGGUCGUUUGUGGCUCACUUCAUGAACGUGACUCUUAAGGUCGAUGGGCAGCGAUACUUGGUGGCCCGGCACCGGGAGUAUGGUUUUGUGGGCUUUCCUUUUAUUUUUAAUUGCUGUUAUAACUUUAAUAAUCUCUUUGUUGGGCUGGAACUUCCGCAAAACUUCGUUGGGGAUAGCCCAAUUGAUGUCAUUCUCGAUGCGGAGUUGCAGGUAGACUAUCAGGGUAAUACCAUGCUUCACAUCAUUGACUUCAUUUAUUUCCACGGACACCAGGCCAAAUCGAUUUCGUUCUUGGACCGAUACCAAAUGUUGAAGAAGUGGAUUCCAAAGUCGCACCACUAUCCUACGAACAUGGAAAGCCCGCCACACUUCUGCCUUAAACAGUACGUACCCAUUAACAAAUUGCAUACUAUUCUGAAAAAGAUUGACGAAGCACCCUUCGCCAUCGAUGGCAUCGUCUUCCAGCAUAAUGAAGUCUAUCGAUUUGGAAUGGACCGAUACAUGUUAAAGUGGAAACCACAAGAGUUGUGCACCGCAGACUUUCGCCUAGAUAGGGGGCUAAGGUCGGAGAACGGACUGAUGCGGCAAUUCCAGCUCCGCGUCACUGAUUCAAAUUCAAAGAAUCCAGAAUCUUGGGAGGAGAUGCUCUUUCCGGGCGCUGUCGCUGUUUUCACCUCAAAAGAAGUGCUCGAAAAUCACUUGAGCGAAGGCAAAAUUGUGGAACUGUGCCUACAAAAAAUACAGAAAGAGAGCAUCGUUACUCAAGAUUCCCAGUCGGUGCAUUGCACACUGUGGGCUUUCCAUCGCGUUCGUGAAGACAAACCAGCUCCCAACAAAUUUUCGAUGGUGAAGCAGAUUGUACAGCUCUCGCAUCUCACGUAUGAGGAGCUUCUCCGCGAAACUAGUCUAGUGAGUUACGUGGGACCGUUGAAAAAAUUGGAUGACACUGAUUCUAGGGAGGAUUUGAAUUCUGCUGCGCACAAGCCGAUGAAUGAUGUAUCGAAAUAA